GCGAUUUUUGUUUGUUUCUUUCAGAAUUUAAAACCAAAAGAAAUUCAAAAUGAAGAUCGGUUUAUGCGUAUUCAGCGGAUAUAAGAUUUAUCCCGGAAUGGGAAAAACUUUAGUUAAAUCAGAUGGCAAGACCUUCACUUUCAUCAACAAGAAGUGCGAGAGAUCUUUCCUCAUGAAGAGAAAUCCACGAAAAGUGAAGUGGACUGUUCUCUACCGUCGUAAGCAUAAGAAGGGUAUUGAAGAAGAACAAACCAAGAAACGUACACGACGAACAGUGAAACAUGCACGAGCAAUUGUUGGUGCUACUAUGGCUGACAUCAUGGCUAAGCGUAACAUGAAACCUGAGGUUCGAAAAGCUCAACGUGAACAAGCCAUCAAAGCUGCUAAGGAGCAAAAGAAGGCAAAGACCGCUGACAAGAAAGCAAAAGUUGCACCAUCCAAACAAAAGUCAAAGCCUACCCAAAAGCAGCAAAAAGCAGCACCUCGCGUUGGAGGCAAAAGAUAAAUCUGCUCUACAUUUCCUUUUUCUCAUAAUGUGUGGAAAAUUUAAAUGAAAACUUUUUGAAUAAACAACAUUCAAAGGGAUAAGUUUAACAGAAGUGACUUUGAUUAUAUACUAUAUGUAGGAAAGAAAAGAUAAAGUUUUCAUUUACAGGACGAUAUUUUACAAUCAUGAAAGGAUUUAGUGACAAUUUUUAGAUGUUUACACAUUUCAUUGAUAUUUAUUGUGAAUUAAUUUCAUUUUCAAUCUUUCUGGUUUGUGUCUUUGAUAAAUUUUCCGGGGUGACUAAUGCAACAUUAAAACAUUAAUAAACAUAAAUACGAAAUGAU